UGUGGCGGCUCCUUCUUCAUUCCAGGUCCGUUUCCCUGUAAAGCCAUCAACAAAAUCCUGCGGAGAACCUGUGACUCUGGAAAUCACUUCAUCAUCUUCAGCGGGGGCAUGCCCCGCGCCAGCUACGGGGACCGGCACUGCGUCAGCAUCCUGCAGGGCCAGAGCCUGGUCACCCUGGACUUCACGUCGCGUGUGAUCGACUUCUUCACCGUGCACCACACAGAGCCGGAGGAGGAGUUCGAUAACCCAAGUGCCCUGGUGGUCCUGGUGGAAGAGGAGCUGGUGGUCCUCGACCUGAAGACGCCCGGCUGGCCUACGGUUCCUGCCCCCUACCUGGCGCCCCUCCAUUCCUCCGCCAUCACUUGCUCCUAUCACAUCUCCAACGUCCCCCUGAAGCUGUGGGAGCGGAUCAUCAGUGCUGGAGAGCAGCAGAGCCCCCGGCAUUCGUCUGUGAACUGGCCGAUCAGCGGAGGGAAAAACUUAGCCCAAGAACCCACCCAGAGAGGCCUUCUUCUCACGGGGCACGAGGACGGCACAGUCCGCUUCUGGGACGCCUCGGGGGUGUCGCUGCGGCCGCUGUACAAACUGGGCACGGCCAACAUCUUCCAGACGGACUGCGAGCACAGCGACUGCCUCAACCCGGCCAGCGAGGAGGAGUGGCCUCCCUUCCGCAAGGUUGGCUGCUUUGAUCCGUACAGCGACGACCCCCGGCUGGGCAUCCAGAAGAUUGCGCUGUGUAAAUACACGGCCCGGAUGGUGGUGGCUGGGACUGCCGGGCAGGUGCUCGUCAUGGAGCUGAGUGAUGAGAAGUCGAAUCACAUGAUCAGUGUGGCCAUGGUGGACCUGCUGCAGGACCGGGAGGGCUUCACUUGGAAGGGGCACGACCGGCUCACCCCCAAGAAUGGCUCCAUCACCUUCAGCCCAGGCUUCCAGCCCAGUGUGCUGGUGCAGUGCAUGCCGCCGGCCGCCGUCACCGCCGUCACGCUGCACUCUGAGUGGAACCUGGUGGCCUUCGGCACCAGCCACGGCUUCGGGCUCUUUGACUAUUACCGACGCAACGCGGUGCUGGCCAGGUGCACGCUCCACCCCAACGACUCCCUGGCCAUGGAGGGGCCCCUCUCCCGAGUGAAGUCGCUGAAGAAGUCCCUGCGCCAGUCCUUCCGCAGGAUCCGCAAAAGCCGAGUCUCCGGCAAGAAGAGAGUUGGUGCCAACAGCUCCUCCAGCAAGGUGCAGGAAGCCAAUGCCCAGCUGGCCGAGCAGGCCGGCCCCACUGACGUGGAGAUGACCCCCGUGCAGCGGCGGAUCGAGCCCCGGUCAGCCGACGACUCACUCUCGGGGGUGGUGCGCUGCCUGUACUUCGCCGAUACCUUCCUCCGAGACGCCGCACACCACGGGCCCACCAUGUGGGCUGGGACCAACUCGGGCUCCGUGUUCGCCUACGCCCUGGAGGUCCCGUCCCAGGAGAAGUUCUCGGAGCGCUCGGUGGAAGCGGUUCUGGGCAAAGAGAUCCAGCUGAUGCACAGGGCGCCGGUGGUGUCGAUCGCGGUCCUGGACGGGCGAGGGAACCCUCUCCCGGAGCCCUACGAGGUGUCCCGGGACCUGGCCAAAGCCCCUGACAUGCAGGGCAGCCAUUCUGUGCUCAUCGCCUCGGAGGAGCAGUUCAAGGUGUUCACGCUGCCAAAAGUCAGUGCCAAGACCAAGUUCAAGCUGACGGCCCACGAGGGCUGCCGGGUGCGGAAGGUGGCGCUGGUGAGCUUCACCAGCCUGGCGUGCGAGGACUACACGGAGAAUUGCCUGGCGUGCCUCACCAACCUGGGGGACAUCCACAUCUUCACGGUGCCCGGCCUGCGGCCGCAAGUGCACUACGACUGCAUCCGCAAGGAGGACAUCAGCGGCAUUGCCUCCUGCGUCUUCACCAAGCACGGGCAAGGCUUCUACCUGAUCUCGCCUUCUGAGUUCGAGCGAUUCUCCCUAAGCGCCCGGAACAUCACAGAGCCGCUGUGCUCGCUGGAGCUCGUCCGGCUUCGCGGUACCGCCUGUCACAGCCCCAAUUUCACCGGGACACCGAAACUGACCCAGGCCAACGGGACUCACGUGCUGCAGGGCUCGGAGGCGAAUGGCUCCCCCAGCGACAGCACCCGGACGCCUGAGGAACCCCAGGCUGCCUUCUCCCCGGCACCCACCGACUCGCCGAGCAGCCCGGAGAGCCCCCUGGACACCACCGGGGACAUCACCGUGGAGGAAGUGAAAGAUUUCCUGGCCUCCUCGGAGGAAGCGGAGAGGAACCUGAGGAAUGUGAGCGAGGAGGAGGCCCGCUCUCCGGGGAUCCUGAUUAAAUGAGGGACCGUGCCGACCUGUCUCCGCGCCUGGAUUCCCUGGACACAAGACUUGACUGAGCCAGGCUGUCGGCUCCGCUUCUCCCCAGAGACCCUCCGCGUAACUUAGACUCGCCUCUUCUCUUUAACAUCCGGCCGGGAAGCUGGAGCGUGACGCCGCCCCCCCCGCUCUGCCCCGGUUCGAAGGUUCUCUCUCUCCGCCGAGCCGAGCCGCCUUCCGCCAGCGGGCCUAGUGCACAGCAACACUACAGCUCUGCCCCCUUCAAAGCAAAAUCCGGACCCGGGGCAGCGGGGUGGAAUCACUGCUUCCGCCCGGCCUAGACCGGGAGGGACUGCAUCCAUCUCCCAGGACCCCAUUGCCGGGCACAGCAUCACACGGACGUCUGCGGGGAGGGUUUUAUAGUUAGUCUCUGGUUUGGGUUUUUCUCCCCUCCCUCCCUCCCCCUCUGCUGAGCUCCCAGAAGGACUCUGAUCUGGGCCAGGGGGCAUAGGGACAUUGCUUUGCCUGGGGGGGGAUGUUUACAUGUUUACUCCUCACUCGAGCAGCUCUUUGAACACUUCUACUUUCCACGGAACUGCCUGCCUGCCGCAGAUGGUAAGUCCGGGAGGGCUGGCUGGACUCGCCUUAACACCCGUCUGCCACUAGGGAGCCCUCUCGCUCAGUACCGGAUUGGUUUCUCAGUGGUGUUGA